AUCUUGGUCUGCGACACGGCGCCACGAAAGCAUGGAGGGAAGAGGUGUUCAACAACGUGCACUGUUGCGUCAUGUCCUUCAAAGACUGCUUACACGCCUGGAACAUGUCCUGCAACAGCCACACCUGGACAUGGACUUCAUGCAGUUUGUAUGUUGUCAGGAGAGAGUUUUUCUCAGUGCCAUAGCAGGUCAAGUCACUAUUCCAGCAGAGGUAAUUGCAGGAAUAGAUGAACUGGACCGUACGAUCAACACUGAGAUUGAUCAAGAAAAAGUAACAGCAUUGAGUAUGGAGCAAGGUGCAAGAGGGCGCCCAAAGACACUCAUUUCUGACGAGCAAAUAAGCAGCCUGUUGGAGUUGUCGUUCCCUGUACCGACAAUUGCUGAUUUACUUGGGGUGUCCAUCAGAACAGUGCGUCGGCGGAUGGAGGAGUUCAACCUUAGUGUUAGGGCCUCCUACAGCAACCUCUCAAAUGAGCAGCUUGAUGGGAUUGUGUCUGAGAUUAAAACCAGGAUGCCACGUGCAGGAUACCGCAUGAUGAAAGGGGCAUUGGAGGCAGAAGGACACAAAGUGCAGUGGGAUCGUAUCCGAGCAUCACUGCAUAGGGUGGACACCCUUGGUGUGUAUUCCUGCAUGAUAAACCUUGGGUGUGUGGUGAGACGGAGCUACUUUGUUCCGAGCCCAAGGUUUCUCAUGCACAUUGACACCAAUCACAAACUGAUCAGGUUAGUUUUUUUUUUGUUUAAUCAUGCCUGAUGUUUAAUUAAAAGUGGUGAUAUUCACAACCACCGAACUAAAGGAGUUUACAUAACUGUGUGGAAG